GCCGGGGAUGGCGGAUUCGUGCCGGAACCUCACCUACGUGCGGGACUCGGUGGGCCCGGCCACCAGCACCAUGAUGUUCGUGGCGGGCGUGGUGGGCAACGGCCUGGCGCUGGGCAUCUUGGGGGCGCGGCGGCGGUCGCGCCCCUCGGCCUUCGCUGUGCUGGUCACCGGGCUGGCGGUCACCGACCUGCUGGGCACGUGCUUCCUGAGCCCGGCCGUGUUCGUGGCCUACGCCCGCAACAGCUCGCUGCUGGGCCUGGCCCGGGGCCGCCCGGCGCUGUGCGACGCCUUCGCCUUCGCCAUGACCUUCUUCGGCCUGGCCUCCACGCUCAUCCUCUUCGCCAUGGCCGUGGAGCGCUGCCUGGCGCUCAGCCACCCCUACCUCUACGCCCAGCUGGACGGGCCCCGCCGCGCCCGCCUGGCGUUGCCGGCCAUCUACGUCUUCUGCAUGGUCUUCUGCUCGCUGCCCCUCCUGGGCCUGGGCCAACACCAGCAGUACUGCCCCGGCAGCUGGUGCUUCAUCCGCAUGCGCUCGGCCGAGCCGGGCGGCUGCGCCUUCUCGCUGGCCUACGCCGGCCUCGUGGCCCUGCUGGUGGCCGCCAUCGUCCUCUGCAAUGGCUCCGUCGCCCUCAGCCUCUGCCGCAUGUACCGCCAGCAGAGGCGCCACCAGGGUUCGCUGCUCCUCGGCCCCCGGGCGGGCGAGGACGAGGUUGACCACCUGAUUCUGCUGGCCCUCAUGACGGGCAUCAUGGCCGUGUGCUCCCUGCCUCUCACGAUCCGUGGCUUCACCCAGGCCAUCGCCCCGGACAGCAGUGAGAUGGGAGACCUCCUGGCCUUCCGGUUCAAUGCCUUCAACCCCAUUCUGGAUCCCUGGGUCUUUAUCCUCUUCCGCAAGUCCGUCUUCCAGCGGCUGAAGCUCUGGUUCUGUUGCCUGUACUCGAGGCCUGCCCAAGGCGACUCUCGGACAUCCCUCUCUCGGUCUGCCUCAGGGAGGAAGGACUCAAGCGCCCCCCCUGCUCUCGAGGGGAGAAAGGGGAACUGGGUGCCUUUAUCAGCCUGGGGCGAGGGGCAGGGGGCGCCCUUGCCAGCCGCACAGCCACCCACCAGCACCGUGGGAACACCCUCCAAACCGGGGUCCGAGGCAGCCUGCUCCCUCUGCUGACAUCUGCCCGGUGAUCUUCCGCCCUGUCUUCCGGCCGCAGCUGCCAGAUAUUCAGGGACAUGACCGAUGGCUGCGGGCGGAUCAGCCUAGGGAUGGUUCCUGGAGCCCUGCCGGCCGGAACAUGGACCCUCUGGAUUCAGGGGAUGAUCAGCUGCUAUUUCUCCUUCCUCUGGGUGGCCACGAGGGGCUGCAGGAGGAGGGAGAUGUGGAAAGGAAUUAUCCUGGAACAUAAAAAGAACAGUUCUCUCAAAAUAUCCGGCGGCUUGGCUGGCCUGGUCUGGCCCUCACUUGCCCAUCCAUCUCACUGUCUAAAUAUUUAGAAGGCAGAAAUGUUCCCAGCGGCUUCUGUGCGCUCAGGUCUGCUCUGGUUAGGGUUCUGCCUCUGAUCUUCCUUCAUUCAGGGUGCCCCUGAUGCCCACCCCAAGGCCCCAGCGGACACCCCUAAGCCCGGCUCUGCGUUGAUGGGGGGAGUUCCCCAAGAGCCACCCUCUCUCUGCCUCAUGAAAGUCUGGGGUUCCCUGACAAGUUCCCUGUCUCCCUUUCCUUCCGAUUCCCCAUUGGACUUGGGAGGCCUGGUCCACCCCCCUCCCCACCAGGGCAGAAGGGGUGACUGUUGCCUUGGGAGUGACACCACUGGACAGUUGCCUGAGAAAAACUGCAUGGCUUGGUGAGUUGCAAGAUGUGGAUGGCGGGUGGCAGGAGAAGCUGGAGAAUGAUGGGGUGGGAGCUACAGAACCUAGGGAUGGCCCAAGAACUCAGACCUAAGUCCUGUACCUAUCCUUGGAUAAAUAGCUGCCCCCCCCCAACUGCCCCUGCAGAGCCUGACCUCACGCCCUGUGUCCUCAGAACCCUCGCAAAAAUGUUAUCCAUCCAUUCAUUCAUUCAACAAAUAGUGAGCCCUGAAUCUACCAGGUGCUGGGGACACACAAACCAGUCUCAGCCCCACCUGGGACUCUUCUAGGGUAAUUUCCAGCCUUCAAUUCCCCUUCUGAUAGCCGGGGCUUUUCCACCCAAUCCACCCCUCUCUCCUCACAGCCAUCCUCUGCCGAACUCAAGGGUUUUCCAGGAGUGAGCAUGAAAGGAAGUGGUGCUUCGGGUGGUGGGAGGAGGUGAAUGGGAAAGCCCCCAGACUCUCCCCCGCCCUGAUUCCACUUUCUCACUUGCUUCAGGGUUAAAGCAAUCAUUCUGCCUCUGGGAGGGGUGAGGGUGGGGGUGGGUGGUGGAAUAGAUGAGGCAAGAACUUCCUAUAAAGACGGGCGGCUAAAGUGAGUCCUCCACCUCGUGAGUUGCACCCUCUUCACCCCAACCUGCUAUUAUUAGAGCCACUCUACAUAGGCUGGAAUAAAGGUCCAGAGAGGGCAAUCACCAGCCCCAGGUCACACAGCGAGAAGAAAGAGCAGCCUGCAGGUGGAGCUGUUUUUUUUUUUUUUUCUCCUUUGGCUGUGUUGUGCAGUUUGUGGGAUCUUAGUUCCCCAUUCAAAUCCAGGACUCUGCAGUGCAAGAGUGGAGUCCUAACCACUGGACCGCCAGGGAAUUCCCUGGUUUACCUUUUUAUCUCCUUAAUCCAGAUUGGGUUAGUGAGAUUGCCUUGGUUUCCUUUAGAAUGGUGAUCGUAAUCUAGUACUUAAUUUACAGGGCUGGCUGAGGAUUAAAUGAUUCAAUUGAAUCAUUAAAAAGCAAUUUAGCAUAAGACCUGGAGUAAAGCCCACAAUAUGUGUUACUGUUACUGCUGCUAUUGCCGUGGCUAUUGGUAUUUGUUGUCUUUGGCAUCUGAGCACAUGUGGCUUGAAAACAAAACUUUUCUCCAUUGUUCUGACAUUGUUCCACACCCGCCCCACAACCCCAAGUCACUUUGUUUCAUUUGAAGGAGUGGCUGUGAGAGUUAAAAAUAGAUCAAGAUGACUGCUUAAUGGGUAGGGGUUUCCUUUUGGGGGAAUGAAAAUAUCCUGGAACUAGAGAGUGAUGGUGGUUGUACAAUGUCGUCAACGUACUAAAUGUCACUGAAUUGUACAUUUUGAGAUGGUUAAAAUGGUACAUUUUGUGUUAUGGGUAUUUUACCACAAUUUGAAAAAAAAAAAAAAAGCAUGUAAUACUGGAAAAAAAUUGAGGAAGUUUAGAAACUUUUUUAGCAGUCUUGCCAGAGUCAUAUUGUAUCGCUUGAAUUUAAUAAUAAACAUGUUGACUUGUACCAAAAUAAACCAGAAAACAGGUCAAGCAACAUCA